AUGCCUAUAUCAGACUAUGAUUUUACUUUUAAAUUUUUUCGUCCACCACAACGUACUGUACCUUUUCAUAAUGGUCUUUUGGAUACACGAACUAAACAUACAAAAGCACAAGAUCGUCUUGUUGUUGCUGAACAACGUCUAGUCGAUGUUGAACGAAGAAAAUCAUCUACUCAUCUACAAUCACUUGCAUAUGAACAAAAACGACUCGAAAAAAAACUUGCAUUACUUCAUAAUAAUAUUAAUUCAACAUAUUCAGAUCAACCUUUGAAAAUGCGUGAUCGUUCAUCUAGUGAAGUUAUUCUUCCAAAGAUUCGUCCAUCAAAAUCAAUGAAUGAACCAUUAUCUAUACAUCUUUCAAAAUUAUCUAUGAGUUUACAAGAUAGCAAACAAAAUCUAUUAUCUCUACCAAAAAUUAUUGAUCCUGGACGACGUCUUUCAGCAUAUUCUGAUGGUGAUGUUUCUGAAAGUUCGUUUUUUACCAGUGAUAUGGAUAGUGGUGAAGACGGAGAAACUGAAGAUGAUAAAAAUUUAAAAUCUCAUUUACAAACUAUUGCAUCGAAAAGAUUAUCAAUAAAACGAGAUAAACUACUUCUUCGAAAACCUAUUAAACCAUUACCACCUAUUGUUGCUAUUAUUCCACCAGAAGAAGAUUUUUUGUAA